AAUGCGUCUAGGGUGAACGCGAAGCCAUAAACUUAAUUUCUUUCUUAUACUUGUAAAAUUCCUCUUUCCGGAGUCAAACGCUUUUUGUGUGUGCCGGUGUUAAGAGUACUCCCACGACUGACUUGCGCCUCCUUUUCUCCUGUUGCCUGUACAGACCGGAAGAGUCUUGAACCGAAAUACCUCAGGGGGCACUUCCGGAAGUGCAACCUAGGGUUCCGGGAGAGUGCUGGCAGGUGAGGGAAAAGUAGGGACGCCGGUAGCUGGAGGAUGAAGAAGGAGCAUGUGCUGCACUGUCAGUUCUCCGCGUGGUACCCGCUCUUCCGAAGCCUUACCAUCAAGAGUGUCAUCCUUCCACUUCCUCAAAAUGUAAAGGAUUAUUUACUUGAUGAUGGGACUCUGGUGGUUUCAGGAAGGGAAGAUCCCCCAACUCGCUCUCAACCAGACAGUGAUGAUGAAACAGAAGAAAUACAGUGGUCAGAUGAUGAGAACACAGCCACACUUACGGCACCAGAAUUUCCUGAGUUUGCCACUAAAGUCCAGGAAGCUAUCAAUUCUCUGGGGGGAAGUGUCUUUCCUAAGCUUAACUGGAGUGCUCCAAGGGAUGCGUACUGGAUAGCAAUGAAUAGUUCUCUGAAGUGUAAAACCCUCAGUGACAUCUUUCUACUUUUCAAGAGUUCUGAUUUCAUCACUCGUGACUUCACUCAACCAUUUAUUCAUUGUACUGAUGAUUCUCCAGAUCCUUGUAUGGAAUAUGGGCUUGUUCUCCGAAAAUGGUGUGAAUUAAUUCCUGGGGCUGAGUUCCGGUGUUUUGUCAAGGAAAACAAGCUUAUUGGUGAGGAUUUCUCAAGGGACUACACACAAUACUAUGAUCAUAUUUCCAAACAAAAGGAGGAAAUUUGCAGAUGCAUUCAAGACUUUUUCAAGAAACACAUACAGUACAAAUUCCUAGAUGAAGAUUUUGUUUUCGAUAUAUACAGAGACAGUAGGGGGAAGGUGUGGCUAAUUGACUUCAAUCCAUUUGGUGAAGUCACAGAUUCACUGCUGUUUACUUGGGAAGAACUGAUAUCUGGGAAAAACUUAAAAGGUGAUUUUAGUGAAGGAGAUGCUCAGGAGCAGGAUUCUCCAGCUUUUCGUUGCACAAACAGUGAAGUUACAGUACAGCCAAGCCCCUAUCUGAGCUACCGAUUGCCCAAGGACUUUGUAGACCUCUCCACUGGGGAAGAUGCUCACAAACUAAUAGAUUUUCUUAAGCUGAAAAGAAAUCAGCAAGAGGAUGACUGAGAGCUAGUUCAAGACCAAGUUAAAGAGGAAUCCAUGUCUAUUCAGGAGGCUGCUCAAAGGCCACAACUUCCCAGUGACCCUAAAGGGUGGGGCAGGAGUGGGCAAUGUGGAAAUUGGCAGCUUUUUAUAUUCAUGUAUAUUCACCUGGAGAGAAAUGGAGGAACUUUGCUAUUUGUAAAAAUAACAUAAUAAAUAAAUCUUAAACAUAGGAAACCA